ACGAACCUAAUGUCAGAAAGAAUAGCAUGCGGUGUUAAUUUCGCUAAUUGUCGCAGUUUUGAGAUUUUCAUCGACUGAAUAACGCGGGCUGGGUGUAUUUGAAAUGAAUAGCAUUUCUGCUGACGUUUUUGGACGGAUAAUUCUGUCGGCUUACCUGUCUUUUCCUCGAAUGUUCUCCGGCAACUACACGCUCGCGGAGGUUCUUUACGUACUUCGCCAUAAUUCAACCACUCUGUGGUACAUCGCCAAUGCGACUGACUUGGAUGGAAAUGUGGUAGAGCGGACUGUUGACCUGUACUUGUGGGUAGAUGAGUAUAUCUUGCAGGCCACUGAAGAGCCACCAACGAGCAACACGACCGCCAACGCUACUGAAAUCUGCGUACCUGAGGUGACUGGCGGGGAAUUGACAUAUCUUUCCCUAAUCUUUGCGCUGAUAAUCUUGCUAGUUCUGUCAUUUCUUAAAACACGUAAAAGGAAGGUUAAAGUGUGCGGGGGCAAAACCAUUGGUCGUCCAGGAUUGUGCAUUCCAGUGAAUUUAGUGGACAGUUACGAAAAUAGAGUUGGCUUUGCUUGUGCGUUCGGUGCUACGACAUCGAAAUGCUUGGACAUCUUAUUCAAUGGGGACUUUACUCAAAUAUUCACCAGGGAGGAAAUCCAAUAUUUUGAAAAAAUGCCCUCGUACACGUCAAUUGUUUGGAAGAUAUUGGCUAUGUUGGUUAUUGGCGUCUCCUAUUACCCUCUCUUCGCUUGUAUGGCCUCUAAUUGGAAGAUCACAGGCUAUGUCUUCGGUUUCCUAUACUCCACUAUGUGGAUUAUCUUUGAGAUAUUAAAGCCCCUGCAGUGUCCGGAAUUUGCUGAAGUUAUAUUUGCUGUUGAGCUUCCCACGUAUUUGUGUUUGAUCUACCUUUGGGUGAAGUACUUGGUGCUAUUGGUUAGAGGGAUAUACAGGAGAUGCCGUCCAGGUGCUUCUCCAAAGGACGAAGAAAAUGAGUGGAUGACGUUUUACAAGUAUAGAUACGUCGUUAAGCUUUUAGAGCCAGUACCAAAGGAAUUUAGAGACAAAAGCGGGGAUACUUCUUUGAAAGGAAAGCUGAAAGGAAAGUUUUACAAGUGGAGACCAGACUUCAAGUAUUCGACACGAGUCAUUUGCAUUUACGCUGUCAGCUUCAUUGGGAUAUAUAUGAUUCUUCUUCUCGACUGUUGGUUUGCAAUGCAACUUCUUUGGUUACGGGAUAGCAUUGUCGAAGGUUAUGUGGCUACCGUUGACACAGUCAGAGAGUGGCUGAUGAUUGGAGUAGUGUCCAUCUUCGUAGCUGCUGGAGUGGCUGGAAUUCACAGUAUAAUACUGGUGGCAAACAUGCUGUCAUGGUACAGAGGACAUUUAUUACGUCUUCAACGUGGGGAAAAGAAUUUUCUACCAAAGGAAGUCUUCGACAAAAAACCUUCUGCUAUCACGGUUGCGACGCUGAAAUACGCAGGCUUCCAAGUGGCUUAUUUGUGUUGGGGUGCGGUAAUCACCACUAUAACUGUGACCGCAAUCGUUUUUGUGAUUGGGCAACAACUCAUUAUGCCCAUGGUGCGUGGAAACUUUGACACCUUUCUCUGGUUGAAGCUCCUUAAUCUCUGGCCCGCCGUCUUGAUUUCCUUGGCGUUCUUCUUCUUCCAGAUAUUAAUGGCCAAAUAUGCAUUUUUAGUAGGCAAGGAUACUACAUUGGCCUUGGAUAACAGGCGCCUAUUCCACAUCUGCACCUAUUUUUUAUUUUUCUUCAACGUUUUUCUCGGUGUUGUAUCUUGCCUCAAGCGAAUUUUGAUUGGUGCCCUUCUUGGGGUCGUGUUUCUUGGACGAACACAGAAGAGUCUUAUAUCACGGGAUUGGGAGCUGAAAGAUCCAGGAUUUAAUGCAUACGUUGGAUAUCUGCUCUUGGAACACACUCAUGCUAAUCCAGUGCUGGUAACAUUUUGCCAACUGCUUGUCAAGACACUUAACGACAGAGCGGAUCUUGAAAUGUCAGAGAGCUUUGCUGAAACAAACCAUAUUAUUAAUUCCUCAUCUUCAAACAACCAAGUAAGUAUUGAACUAAAUGACAGCUCGAGCAAGAGAAUGAACCGAACAGUUCGCAAUCGCUGGCAGCUGCUUCUCACGCUGCAUAACAACCCAUCGCUUAAGGAGCACAGACGAUCGGAGCUCUUCGUCCAAAAGUCGCCUCUGGCAGCUUUUGGAGUUAUGAUAAAGAAAGGCAUGAUGCCGUACAGGGUUGACGAGGAAAAGGAAAAGGAGCAUGAAUCUGGUGUUGAGGAUAUCAAACUGUGAUUUACAGCAAUGUCUCAAAUCAGGUCACAAGUUAUUUCAAUGUUGAAAGUCCUGGUUAUAACCAAACAACAUGUUUCUGAUUGACCCGCCUAUAUUCGUUCUGGUAAACAGAAAUAUGCGUAUUUGGCAGAGUCCGUGUCUUUGAAAGGGAAGAAAGAUCUCGUAAGGUACUUGAAUGUUUGUGAUCUGAUUUGUUGCGAAAAAAAAUCUCUUCCACAACGAUUGAUAUAUAAGAGAGUACAAAGUGCUGGAUAAUAGGACCACUGCACCUUAGUUCACUGGAUGAACGAUGGUGAUAAAUUUAGUAAACCUAUGUAGCCGAGAGAGUUGUGAUGUUAAAUCAUGUACAAAUACCAUUGCCAAUAUAGGGAUACAGGUUUUUAAGCAAUGUAUAUUAAGACUCUAUGUUUCUUUAUUUAUACAAAUUCUGAGAAAUAUUUUCAGGAAUAUGUGUUGAUGUUAAACCGAGUUUAAAAAAUGCCGUUUCCCUCUAAUGUGUGUUUAAAUUAACAGAGUAAUGAUUUUUAAGUCUUGCUUUCAGAAAGGGAAUUUAGUUAUCUUUUAGCAAGAGGCCAUUUUGUGUUUGCAAUACUUAUUUCAACUCGGCGACAAAUCUCAUGGUAAUAAACUUUGAAUGUAAAAUGAUGUUAUUAAAGAAUGGCCCAUUUCAAUUUCUUAA